GAAUAAUGAUUUUUUUUUUCCUACAAUACUGAUGGAUAAUAAUAUAUUAAAAAUGGAUUAUAGGAAUAAAAUUGAGAGUUUGAUUAAGAAAUAAACAACUGAGAACAAAUAUUUUUUUAAAACAAAAACCAAAAAUUAAAUUAAUAAAAUAAGAAUGCCUUUUGUUUUGUGUGAGUGAGUGAAACCCCCGCAUCAGGAAGAAAAAAGAAGAAAAAGAGUGAAACCCAAGGUGUUGGUUACAGGGGAAGCUAAAUAGACACAUAGUGCAUUUGAUUGAGAUGGUGCCAAUUACCAAAAGGAGGGGCCAUACCAGAGAGAGAGAGAGAGAGAGAGAGGAAGAGAGAGAGAGAGUUAGUUAAAGUUGUGAUAAAGAAGCAAACCAUGAAGAAUACAAGUAUCAUUAUUAUUAAAAAAGGAAAAAGGAAAAAAAAAAGCUUACUUAGAAAAUAGAACUUAUAUCAACGAACAUAUGUCUUAAUCCACCCACACCUUCCAUUGAUAAUUUCCAUUCCAUCUUCUUCUGCACCUCACACACACACAUACUUCAACACCACGCCAAAACAUUCCCUUCCUCCACCAACUGCUGCAACACCACCAACAACCCUACGCCUUCUCUCUCUCUCUCUCUCUCUCUCUCUCUAACUGCACAACUAACGCUUAACACUAACAUAUAUAUUCUGUUAUGGCCUCUAACUGUUUUGAUGCGCCUCUUCCAUUUUCAACUCUCAGUUUCCUUCGUUUCUAUAGCAUUCGGUAUUAUAAUAAUAUUAUUAUAUGGAGACCAACGCCGCCUUUCCAACCUCACCCGAUUCGUCGACCCGAGAUUUCGGCUCCGAUUUCGCCUCAAUGUACCGCUCCAUUUUCCCGCCCAAAUUCACACUCCCGAGCUCCCUCUCCCUCACUCCCUCCACUCGCUCCUCCUUCUCGGACUCCGAUUCCAACUCCGACGACCACCACCAUAAUCACAAUGCUACGUCGCAGCGCCUCACCCAGGCUCAGCUUAUCCUCGAGUCCCAGGAGCUCCGCGACCACUACGAUCUCUGCAGCGCUCACCUCCGCGACCUCGCCGACGAACUCGACUCUCUCCGCCUGGAGAACUCCCAUCUCCGGUCCGCGAACUCCGACCUCGUCAAGCUCCUCUCGUCGCAGGCCGCCUUCCAGAGCUUCCUCCUCUCAUCCUCCUCGUCGUCCGCGUAUCAGAGUCCUUCCACGCCGUCGUUUCUCGACGACUUUCGGCGGCUCGGAUUCGGAUCUCUCGGUCCUCGCGACGGCGUCGUUUCCGACGAGGCCUCGGAUAUCAGUCCCACGAGCGUCAUCGAGCGAAACCGGUUCGACGUCGUAGACCGGGUUGCGCUCCCCAAGAGCAUUUCCGUCCGCUCCUCGACUCGGCCACGUGUCCCUAGCCAACUCUUUUCUGGCUCGCCCACUCAGAGCCAAGUGAAGGUGUUCAAUCAGGGGAUGGUGAAGACGGAGCUGUGCAACAAGUGGGAGGAGACUGGCACGUGUCCGUACGGAGAGAACUGCCAGUUUGCUCACGGCGUUAGGGAGCUCCGUCCGGUGAUGAGGCACCCGCGCUACAAGACUCAGCUCUGCCGGAUGGUUGCAGCUGGCGGCAAGUGUCCGUACGGUCACCGCUGCCACUUCCGUCACUCGCUGACUGAGCAGGAGAGGCUGCAACUGGCCAUGGCAGCAGAGACUCGUUUUGAUUAGUGGAUGAUGGAUAUAUACAUGGGACUGGGUUUUGUUUAAAUUGGCCCCCUUUUUUUUUUUGUAUAUAGACCAGUCGUUUAAAGAUUUGGGAACUAAAAAUGUUCUGAAUCCAACGUAAAUUAGCAAGAAUAAGGAAAAUGUGAAUUUUUGUAACGGGGUUCUGAGAGGGAAAAAUGUCAAUUACUGAUUUAUUGCUCGUAUUUUCUUUAAUUAAUUUGAUUAUUAUCUAUAUAUACAUUAAUACUCGGGUUUCUAAUCAUCCAAUGAUGACAUAUAUUAUAUGUAUACACCAAGUUUUACGCAACUUUCAAUCCAAGUCAGAAAAUGGGGAAGCCUACAUCUCUCUC